AUGACGGACCCCGCGAAUCCCAGCGAGGGUGGCCCAAAGCAGCCUGCCGCCAUCGCAAGUGCAAGACAUCCAGGUCACGAGCUGCCUUUUGUCACGCCUUCGACCUACCUGCACCUGCGCGCUCCAGUUGCCAACAGGCCCACGGCCAGCAGUCACAGUCGCACAGAUUUUCCCCUGGCAGCAGAGAAGCCCCUCAUGACGCCGCUCGACAGAGAGCAGAUGCAGGGUCUGAGGGCUAUACGGGAAUUCCUCAAGGUCCGAACCAGCUACGAUGUGUUGCCCCUAUCCUUCCGACUCAUCGUCCUCGACAAUGACCUUCUAAUUCGCACGAGCGUGAACAUCCUCAUGCAGAACAACAUUGUGUCCGCUCCGCUAUGGGACUCGAAAACGUCGACCUUUGCAGGUCUCCUUACAAGCACAGACUACAUCAACGUCAUCCAAUACUAUCUCCAGAACCCCGAGAGAUUCGAGGAUGUGGAUCGACUCCGUUUAAGCAGCUUGCGAGAGGUCGAAAAGGCAAUUGGCGUCACACCUCUCGAGACCGUAUCAUUCCACCCAGGACGGCCCCUUUAUGAAGCUUGUCGAAAGAUGCUGCAAACUCGAGCCCGCAGAAUACCCCUAGUCGACAUCGAUGACGAGACGGGCAGGGAGAGUGUGGUCAGCGUCAUCACCCAAUAUCGAAUACUCAAGUUCAUCGCCGUGAACAAUGAGAAGAAUACAAUGCUCCUCAAAAAGACUGUACGGGAGCUCAAUCUCGGAACAUAUGAGGAUAUGGCAACGGCAAGCAUGACCAGUUCCGUGCUCGACGUGAUCUCGCUCAUGGUCAAAUACAAUAUCUCGGCUGUCCCGAUUGUGGAUCAAGAGAACCACGUUGUCAAUGUGUUCGAAGCUAUCGAUGUCAUCCCCUGUAUCAAGGGCGGUGCCUACGAUGAGCUAUCGGGCACUGUCGGAGACGCGUUGUGCAAACGAUCGGAUGAUUUCCAGGGCAUUUACACUUGCACAGAAGAGGAUCGUCUUGACUCGAUAUUCGACACGGUUCGAAAAUCCAGAGUACAUCGGCUGAUUGUAGUAGACGACGACAGCAAGCUCAGGGGCAUCAUCUCCCUGUCCGACAUCUUAAAGUACGUCCUGGUCCACGGAGAAGAAGAGCACAUGCAGCAAGCAUGA